CCGUAGUUUUCUCUAACUCAUUUUCUCUAACUCAUUUUCUCUCUCCUGUCUGUCUUCUCUCUCCAAUGAUCUGUUCUUCUCUUUCAAUAGUUCUAUUGCCUUUGUUUUUCUCUCUCCUCACAAAAGCCUCUUUUUGAAUUUCUCUGCUCCUCCGAUCUCUCCCCUCCCUCUCUCCCCUCCUGUAAAAAAUUCUAGAAGCUUCCAUUAACAUAGCUUCUUCAAUUCAAUUCAAUUUUUGUUAGAAUUUAUCUGUGUUUUUUUAAUUUGUGAUUUGAUUUGAACAUUGUUUAAUUUGUCGUGUAAAUUGAUUGUGAGUCGACGAAGAAGUGUUUGAGAUUUUGUGUUUGGUUUCUGAAUUGUAUGCUUAACUGAGUUGACCCGGGCUGCGUUAGCUCGGGAUCGGAACUCGGAAGGUAGUAGCAGCUAUGGGGUCUGAAACCAACAAUACCAGCAGAAACGGCGGCGAUGAUUGCAAGAAAAAUAAGAACCACCAUAAUAACGUGUUGAUUGGUGGCGCUAAUAGUAAGAUUGAUGAACAGCAAUUGAAGACUCCUGCUCCACAUUGUCUCACCAAAUUCAAACUCUAUGAAACUCCCGCGAACUUUUACAUAGUCGGAAGUGAUAAACGUAAGAGGUUCUGGAGAAUACUAAAGAUUGAUAGAUGCGCACCUACUGAUCUUGUUGUUUUUGAAGAUCCGACAAUAUACUCCGCUCAUGAGUGUUCGACCAUACUAAAACGGAUAGAUGAAGGAAACAAAUAUGCUGGUGGACUGAAAUUUGUCACAAUGUUUUAUGGGAUUGUUGGAUUCGUGAAAUUUUUGGGACCAUAUUAUAUGAUUCUUAUAACAGGGAGGAGAAAAGCGGGGAUGAUUUGCGGCCAUGCAAUAUAUGCUGUGUCAAAGAGCAAAAUGAUAAAAGUCCCUCAUUCUCCCAUGCCACCCGGUGCAAUUAAUUCUAAGAGUGAAAAAAGAUACAAGAAGCUCUUAUGCGCAGUGGACAUUACAAAGGACUUCUUUUUCAGCUACUCAUACCGUAUUAUGCAUAGUCUUCAAAAGAAUGUAGGUGAUGAGGAUAAAGAAUCAGCCCCGUAUGAAACAAUGUUUGUCUGGAAUUCAUUUUUAACUCGGAAAAUUCGGACUCUUCUCGGUAAUAGCCUAUGGACAGUGGCAUUAAUACAUGGCUUCUUUAAACAGGUUAAAUUUCAAAGGUUUGAACGGACUGUCAAUUUGACCCUUAUUGCAAGAAGAUCACGCCACUAUGCUGGAACAAGGUUUUUGAAACGAGGUAUAAAUGAAAAAGGCCGAGCUGCUAAUGAUGUGGAAACGGAGCAAAUUGUCUAUGAAGAGAUCUCUAGUACAUGUGUGUCGAAAAUCAGUUCUGUUGUGCAAAUUAGGGGAUCAAUUCCGCUUCUUUGGUCUCAAGAGACUUCAAGAUUGACUCUUAGACCUGACAUUAUAUUGUCAAAGGCCGACCCCUAUUAUGAGGCAACUCGACGGCAUUUUCAAAAUCUUGUAGAUAGAUAUGGUAAUCCGAUAGUCAUAUUGAAUCUCAUUAAGACUAAGGAGAAGAAACCUCGGGAAUCUGUACUCCAUACAGAAUUUGUUAAGGCAGUUGCUUCCAUCAAUAAAAGUUUGGAUAAGGAUAACCGCUUAAAGUUUCGGACAGUGGAUCUCACAAGAUUAUAUAGCAUUAAAGGUGACAAGGUAUUGAUGCUCCUAAGUAAAGUGGCUGAGAAUGCGUUGGAUCGAACUGGAUUCUUUUGUUGCCAAGUGUCUCCGUUAAAGAAUUCGGAGUUGUCAUCUGGAUUUUCCUAUGCCGCUACAGAUCACGAGGAUACAAGUAACAUUAUAGAAUAUUCUUCUUCGACUCCAAGGUUCCAAAACGGAGUGUUGAGAACUAACUGCAUUGAUUGUUUAGACCGCACAAAUGCUGCGCAAUAUGCAUUUGGGUUGGUUGCUCUAGGUCAUCAGUUACAUGCAAUUGGUAUCAACCCCACCCAUAUGAUUGAUCCUGAUGAUACUUUGGCGAAGGUGUUAAUGGGGCAUUAUGAGGCCAUGGGUGAUACAAUUGCGCUGCAGUAUGGAGGCUCCGCGGCACACAAUAAGAUAUUUGCGGAUCGUAAAGGUCACUGGAGAGCAGCCACACAAUCCCAAGAAUUUAUGAGGACCGUACAGCGUUACUUAAACAAUGCAUACAUGGAUCCUGAAAAGCAAGAUGCCAUAAAUUUGUUCUUGGGCCAUUUUCAACCAGAAGUGAGUACACCUGAAUUAUGGGAUCUUGAUUCAUAUCAGCACUUUAUUAUUGGAAGGCUUACCUCCUCUUCAAGUCCUGGGUCAUCUUUGCAACGGUCAAUGUCAGAUGGAGUUCUUAUAUAUGAGAGUUCUUCGUCUUCACCAUCAGAUGAUGUCAGUAAUUAUCACCAAACUUUACCUAACGUAAAAGAAAGCGGCAGUGGUAUGUCAGAUUCGUCACCGGAUAUCUCAGCAUGUGACAGCAGCAACCCUAAUGUGUCUUAUACAGGGCUCGUCCCAUCUAUGCCAGCCCGUCAACUUUUCACGGAUAUGCCAGAGACCAAUUAUCUAAGAAGUCCAUGUAGUUGUUACAUCGAACAUGGGCAUGAGUUAGAUUGUUCAGAUAUUGUUGAUAUAGACUGGAUUUCUUCAUCUUCCUGUGGUGACGAGGAGCCAUAUGAUAGAUCUUCACUUAUAAAUUCUCCAGUUGGUGGUUCCCUGCGUGGCAGUACUGUAACUAAUUCAUCACAGGGGAGAAUGCCAUCUAACGCUGCAGAUUUUCCCGACAGCUUUAAGCAGUGGGUCGAGUUUGGAUCAACUUUAGCUUAUUAGUGUUGGUACUACAAACUGCACAGAUUUUAUCUCAUAUUUUUGAAUCAACCCCUCCGAAGGAUACGGGUUGGGCAAACAGAAUAAAAGUAUCAGGCAGAAUGAAAAGGAAUACUAUAUUUAAUGGCACAACAAAGAAACUAUCAGGAGUCGAUAUUGACACCUAAUUCAGCUAAUUCUUUUACAGGAAGGAGGUCUUGUUAUCUCCCAACUUGAAACUAAGAUUAAGAUAUUUAGAUGGUAUAAAUAAAAAUGCAGCAGUGGUUCAUUCUUGUAAAUAUCCGAUUUAACAUAUUUUUGCUGGGUUGCACCAGUUUACUUUUUGACAUUAUUCUAGGUCUUUUUUUGCCUGUUUCAUUCCGUUUAGUUAGUUUAUAUACUUUGUAUAUAUCUCUGAUCAUUGAUGAAUAUUUUAUCGCCCCUUAAAUUCAGUCCUUCCUCAUACUCCUUUA